GAUGACCUACGAGUUCAGUGUUAGAGGAUGCACCAUCGAGGAAGGAUCGGACACACCAAGAAAAAUAGCUAUGAUACCAGUUUAUGCUCCACCUGUUCCUGUCGUUGGAUUUGUUGGCAACAUUACUGCAGAAGUGAACAACAUCACAGUUUGGGAAAGUUCUAAUAUCAAUGGAAAAAUCAUGGCUUAUCAAAUUAUUGUGUUAAACGUUGAUGAAACUUGUUAUUUUGAUGACACAAAACUAAAAAGCCACGAAAAAGCAGAGAAAGAACAACUGCACUACUACAUAGCAGCAGAAAUAAAACCAGACUCUAGCAGGAAAUUUUCACGCGUUUUUACUCUUGGAGACGAGAAAGACUACAAUGGAUACAGAAAUGUUAAAAUAAAUCAAGAAAAAACAUAUCAUGCGUUGCAAAGAGCUUUGACGAUAAACGAGAAAAGGGAGUAUUUAGUGGGUGCAAGGGCUUUAAUAGCAAGAGGGAGGAUAACCGAAAAUAAAGGAUCAUUUUCUGAAAAGCAUUCUCAGACGGACAAAGCUUGUAUAGAUUAUCCAGUUUUUGCUGUCAGUUUGGUAUUCAACGUUGCUUUCUUGGUCGUCAUUGUCCUGGUUGUAGUCCACGACAGAAAGCUAAAGAAAGUACUCGAAGAAACGAAGAAAACGAAAAACAGACCUGAGAUUGCUCUUACCCAAGAUGUUUAUGCGAACAUAAAUACAAACAACUCAGAAGAAGGACUGCCAAUGGCUUCUGUCCAUGCAGGCUCCACAUACGCGCAAAUAUACUUACAUGGUGCAGUAGAUCCAUCAGAGGUACAAACUGAAGUUUCUGGUCCACAAACCAUAGCUACUAAUGAUGGUGGGGGAUACUAUGAUUCGAUUAACGAAGGAAGCAAAUCCAAUCCUAAUGAACAAAUAUACGAAACUAUUCAUCUGGAAACGCAAUCAUCGAAUCCUGACAAACUGCAAAAUACCAAAGAGUCCUCUGUACAACCAACGUAUCAGCCCGCGAUGCCCCACACUAAACCGGUCUACGAAAGCCUUCAUACUUAAGAAAUUUAAACUCAAAUUAAAUAUUACCCCCAAAAAACUUAUAACUCAGCAUUAACGACAGGAUUGCUGUACUGAUGUAUUAGCCAUAUUCCAAAUCUGGUUAAAAAUUGUGCCUAGUUGGCAAUGUAGUGCAUUGAGGUAAUCUCUAGGACGAAAUAGUCGCCAUCUGUUGAAAUGUGUCACCCAAAACAGUCUCACAAUGCACUGCAAUGUCCACUCGACACGAGAAUUUUUCUCAAACUCUGAUUGGCAAGUAGUGCUACAACAAGAUUAAAAUUAGCAUAGAGAUGUUGUGGACCUAUGUUUGGUUACUUAGUUAUUUCGCAUGCAUUAAAAAAAGAUUACAUUUGUUUGCUUAUAGAUUAAAAAAAACUUGCCUCAGACAACCUUGAAAACAUAGGAGACCCCAAGUGGGUUUACUUAUGCAUUUAAAGAUCACAUAUUCGUUUGCUAAUAAAUUACAAAAUGUAACCAUAGACAAUGAAACUAAUAACUUUACUGAGCACUAUCUCUACAAAACAAAGGAGAAGGGAUAAUAUUAUCUGUUAUCACAGAAAUGAAUAUUUAAA